AUGAAUAUACCGUUCAAUUCGGUGUCCAAACUGCAAUGGCGCAAUCCCUCGCCGAUCUCUGAUUCUUCGUGCCUCGUUUGUGGAGAUCCGAAUGGGAAACGGCAUUACGGGGCGAUGUCGUGCAACGGAUGCAAAGGAUUCUUCAGAAGGAGGUAUGUGGCGGGUAUCACGGUCUCCAGAGCUGACAAUAUGGGCGUGGCGGCCUCGGCCAAAUGGCGUUUUCAUGAAUUCAGCAGGUUUUCUCUGAUUUUUGUGAUCAACGGCGAUGAAAAAUGAUUGUUCGACAUGAAAACACACUAAUUCUCAGAAUUAAUGACGUUUUGGCGCAUUUUUCGCGGACUUUGCUUUUUCGCCUUCGCCGCCUAAAAACCGCACUUCUCAUUUUGCGCUUUCUUGACCGUAUUCAGACAGAAUUGGUUUUGAGAAGGAUAAAUCACGUAAAUACAAGCAUUUUGAGCGCUCGAACCGCGAAAACUACCGAAAAGCAACUGAAAUUCACGCAGUUUUAGCCAAAAACCUUCAAACGGAUAAAUGUGAUUUGCGACUUGACCACAUUUAACGCUCUUAAAAAAUUCGUAAUAGACUAUACAAUCGGUCUAUCGAAAGACAAAUGAGAAAUUAUCGGUUUUUCGUGGCUAAUAUGGCAAAAAACACAAAUUUUGCUGUUAAAAUUUGAAUUUCGCGCCAAUGUAUCGCUCUAUUGGCAGGCGGGGCGCACUUGCGCGCCAAUUGUAAGCUCUGGAGACCGUGAUAUCUACUUCCCUAUGCGUUUCUUUGAUCAAUGUUUGGAAACCGUAAUAACUGGUGGUUCCGGUUUCGCAAUGCGGAAAACUUUUCAAAGUUCCCUGUUUCACGUGGUUCUUAAUAGCACUCUAGCGUUUCUCCAGAACACUCCUCUAUUACUUUGCUUUCCAGUAUCUGGGAAAAGCGUACCUAUAAAUGCAGCUUCAACAACGAGUGCAUCAUCGAAUUCAAGUACCGUAACCGCUGCAGAGCCUGUCGACUCAAACGAUGUCUCAAAGUGGGAAUGGAUGCGAAUGGUGAGCAAACUGUCUCUCGUAUUACGUGCAUUCGUCCACCUUUGCAGCGGUUCGAAGUGAACGGACCCGGAAAUCGGCGGUGAAAAGCGAGGAGGGCAUCAAGAUGGAAAUCAAGGAUGAAAUCGCAUCGGGUAUCUUGAUUUUCGCUCCCGAUUUUUAAAGGUUUUCGAGUUUUUCAGAGCCAGAAGACGAAUGUCCGCAGGAUAUAAAACCGGAUAUCGCAAUGGCCUGGCAGACGAAGGAAAUCAUCGCCCUCAUGCUCAGUGAGGUAACGACGAAGCUUCCUUCUUGUUCGGUGACAAAAGAUUCGCGGUUUUCAGGAACAACGAAUCCUCGACUGGUCGGAACCGUACGAUCCGACCAGGUACUACACAAUGGACGCGGACGUCCUUCAGGCGAUCAAGGACCCGGCGAAAGUGUGCGCCCGGACUGAGGUUCGUUUAGGCAGACUUGUGAAAUUCUCGGGGUUCCAAAAGUUCUAGAAGUUUCCGAGUUCAAAAUCAAUGCAACUUCCGGGUCAGAAAGAUCUUUGGCCGGGAAUUUUGCAAGCGGGUAAAGGUCAUACAGUGAAAGAGCAGUAGAAUGCCCUUACAUAAUAACUUUCUGAAACAGUUAGCUCCCUAGAAGUUUUCUGUUCCGUCUACUUCUUCUCAUUACUUUAGAGUGUGUAGUGCCAUUCCUACAGCUGAUCCUCAUCUCAAAGUGACAUGAACCAUAGUUAUGAUGUAUUAUUUCUAUCCUUGUCAUUGAUAUGACUUCUGAAUAGAUAAGAAACGAGCGAAACUGUUCGGAGGCUGUGAAAAGCGGUUAGAAACACGAGUAUCUUGAAUUCCAGCUGAAAUGGAGCAGCCAGUGCCGUCCUCUGAUCACCGCCGAAGCCCUCCGUCUCAACUGGUGCCGCACUUUCACCCUCACCGUCGACUGGUACAACACUCUUCCCGAGCACAGGGUGAGUUUCGAACGACUGGGUGACGGAGACAAAUCGUACAAUGCGUACUUUCAGGCGCUCAUUGACGACGACAAAGUGUUGCUCGUCAAGUUGUCCCUGAUGCCCGUCGGAUGGUUGUGGUACGCGUACAAGAGCUACGCAUUCCACGCGGACGGCAUCGUCUUCGUCGACGGCAGCUGGUUCCCGAGGGAUCCGAAACUUCAGAAGCAAGUGUGCUCCACGUACGUGCCCCUCUGUCUUCUUUUCUCCAAUGAUUCUCUCGCCUUUCAGAUGCUGUUUCUACUACGCGCGCAUCACAGAAAUGUUCAUGCACGACGUCGUCAACGAAAUGUUCGAGCUGCAAAUCGACGAGACCGAAAUGGUGCUUCUGAAGGCGAUUUGCCACUUGGCGCCCGAUUAUCGGCUCACGAGACGGGGCAACGACGUCGUCUCGACCGGAAGGGAAAAGUAUAAACGGGCGCUGUGCGAGUACGUGCGCAUGAACACGAAUGGGUACAUCGAGGCGGCGUUCCGCACCGCCAAACUUCUGCAAUUACUUCCCGCCGUUGAUGUGAGUUUGUCACGCACGUCAUACGAGAAAAACGACAAAGAGUGAAACAAUUAUGCAGUUUCUCACACUUUUCAAACAGAAAUCUUGAUUCGAUUGCAUGAUUCCAGAUUCUCGGGAAAUACGAGGACGAGAGUGCGCUUUUGGUGUCGCUGGGCGAGACGGAAUUCAACGGAUCCGGCGGCGGUCUCCCGUAUGACAUCCACGCGAGCGAGACGCCGUUCGGAAAGAGGACGGACACUCACGUGCCGCUGCACAUUCAAUGA